AUGGAGGUGGCGGACUUUACCAAGGUCGCUGACAAGAAAAUGGAGGUGACAGACUUUAUGAAGGCAGCUGACAGGAAAAUGGAGGCCGGAAAGGACAUUAUAUUCGCUGGAAUUUUAGUACCAGUUAUUUGUGAGCUUGGUAGCACUGUCUGCUGGUGUUUGGAACUGAAUAUCUGUUUUGGGGAAGAAGAGGGUGGGCAGAUGGUGGCAGGGUCAGUGGCCUGGUGGCACAGAGCACUCUCUCAACUUAGCAGUGUUGUUGUGGAAAACAAAACAAGAAUGCAGUCCUAUAUUAAAAGUGUAGUCAAAGACUGCAACAGGAAUAUCAAAGAACAUUGGAAAGUUCAUCAAGAUGAAAUGCGGGAAUUUAAAAUUGAAUAUACUGAGCAGAUUAUAAGUGUGUUUAAGCAAUGGGAUUCUGAUAUAAAGCAAGUUGAAGACCAAGAAAAUGAACUAACUAGUAUUUUUAAUCAACAACAGAAGACUUUUCAACAAGCUAGAAUGCUUCAGACUGAUAACCUGAAAGCACUUAAGCAGGCAGAUGAUGAGUUCUUAAAGGAUUUGGAGGAUUUGGAGAAUUAUAGCAGUGUACUUAAGAGUAUACACAAUGAGUUUAAAAAGCAGAAGACUCUGCUGCAAAGAAAAUUACAGAUGGUUAAAUAUUGA